CCCUACACAUCGCCUCUUGCAUGCAACUCACUGAGAGGGAGAGGCAACCUGUCCUCCCCUCUCUCAGCCUCGGCAUCUCCAGCCACCAAGGACCUGCUUUUCGCACCUCCAACAACCCCUCCCUUCUACCCUGCCACUCCCUCCCAGAGAUUGAGGAAAAGAAAAGGAGAGAGAAAGAUUCUGGAAUUUGAACCUCCCCAAAGAGGAAACAUACCCAGCAAACUCAGUUGAUUAAACGUCAAACAGACAUACAGACAGAUCCUAAAUCUUCUGUUCAGCUGGAAAGGUCUUUUCUCUGGAGUCCUGGGAGGCAAGUUAUGGGCAGCACUGCUUCUGGCCGCACCAUGAAGCCUGAGUCUGCUUGCGCUCUGCCCUGGGCCCUGCUCUGUCUGAGCACUGGGCUUCUAGCUGCCCCCCUCCCCACAGCCUGCCGCUGCUAGGAGGUAGAACUUUAGGACUCGUCCUUGGCCUGUUUCUACCUGUCAUCUGGCUCACCUCACCACUCACUCCUCCUCCAUCACAGCACCCUGGCCCUCCCUGUCCCUGGCCUCCCUGGCUGGGGCAUUUGGGGGUCUGCUGGGAGGAGUGCAUCACUGAAGUCUUCUUCCUACUCUUCUGUACCUUCUCCUCCUUGAGUCAAGGCCUCCGGAUCCACAUGGAUAGCUGAGAUCUUUUCUUGGAGAAAGACGCUUUACUCUUUACUCCAGUCCCUCACUUCCCCACGUGAUUUUCCUCCUCUUCUGCUGGUCCUGUCUUUUUCUACUGCCUCUUUAUUCAAUUUCUUGCUUGUGUGUCCCUCUGGGACUCUCUUGUACGCUUUCCUCCCUCUCCACCAUCUCAGGAUCUGUGUGUGUGCUGCCUUCCUGCUGUGUGCUUUCUGUCUUCCCAUCUCGUCUUGUCUUCCUCUCCCACUUCUAUUGCCAAAGGGAGAGAUCCUCUCUGGGCUGUUCCCUGGCCUGUCUGCUCCUCCGGGCUCUGUCCCAGCAGCAACAAUGAGCUCCACACUCCAUUCAGUUUUCUUCACCCUGAAGGUCAGCAUCCUGCUGGGGUCCCUGCUGGGGCUCUGCCUGGGCCUUGAGUUCAUGGGCCUCCCCAACCAGUGGGCCCGCUACCUCCGCUGGGAUGCCAGCACACGCAGUGACCUGAGUUUCCAGUUCAAGACCAACGUCUCCGCAGGGCUGCUCCUCUACCUGGACGAUGGCGGCGUCUGCGACUUCCUAUGCCUCUCCCUGGUGGAUGGCCGCGUUCAGCUCCGCUUCAGCAUGGACUGUGCCGAGACUGCCGUGCUGUCCAACAAGCAGGUGAACGACAGCAGCUGGCACUUCCUCAUGGUUAGCCGUGACCGCCUGCGCACGGUGCUGAUGCUUGAUGGCGAGGGCCAGUCUGGGGAGCUGCAGCCCCAGCGGCCCUACAUGGAUGUGGUCAGUGACUUGUUCCUCGGUGGAGUCCCUGCUGACAUACGACCUUCUACCCUGACCCUUGAUGGAGUACAGGCCAUGCCCGGCUUCAAGGGAUUAAUUCUGGAUCUCAAGUAUGGAAACUCGGAGCCUCGGCUUCUGGGGAGCCAGGGUGUCCAGUUGGAUGCCGAGGGACCCUGUGGUGAGGGUCCCUGUGAAAAUGGUGGGAUCUGCUUUCUCCUGGACGGCCAUCCCACCUGUGACUGUUCUACCACUGGCUAUGGUGGCAAGCUCUGCUCAGAAGAUGUCAGUCAAGAUCCAGGCCUCUCCCACCUCAUGAUGAGUGAACAAGCUCGAGAGGAGAAUGUGGCCACUUUCCGAGGCUCAGAGUACCUGUGCUACGACCUGUCUCAGAACCCGAUCCAGAGCAGCAGUGAUGAAAUCACCCUCUCCUUUAAGACCUGGCAGCGUAACGGCCUCAUCCUGCACACGGGCAAGUCGGCUGACUAUGUCAACCUGGCUCUGAAGGAUGGUGCGGUCUCCUUGGUCAUUAACCUGGGGUCCGGGGCCUUUGAGGCCAUUGUGGAGCCAGUGAAUGGAAAAUUCAACGACAACGCCUGGCAUGAUGUCAAAGUGACACGCAACCUCCGGCAGCACUCAGGCAUCGGACACGCUAUGGUGACAAUCUCUGUGGAUGGCAUUCUUACCACGACGGGCUACACUCAAGAGGACUAUACCAUGCUGGGCUCAGACGACUUCUUCUAUGUGGGAGGAAGCCCAAGUACCGCUGACUUGCCUGGCUCCCCUGUCAGCAACAACUUCAUGGGCUGCCUUAAAGAGGUUGUUUAUAAGAAUAAUGACAUCCGUCUGGAGCUGUCUCGCCUGGCCCGGAUUGGGGACACCAAGAUGAAAAUCUAUGGUGAAGUUGUGUUUAAGUGUGAGAAUGUGGCCACACUGGACCCCAUCAACUUCGAGACCCCAGAGGCUUACAUCAGCUUGCCCAAGUGGAACACUAAACGUAUGGGCUCCAUCUCCUUUGACUUCCGCACCACAGAGCCCAAUGGCCUGAUCCUCUUCACUCAUGGAAAGCCCCAAGAGAGGAAGGAUGCUCGGAGCCAAAAGAAUACAAAAGUAGACUUCUUUGCCGUGGAACUCCUCGAUGGCAACCUGUACUUGCUGCUUGACAUGGGCUCUGGAACCAUCAAAGUGAAAGCCACUCAGAAGAAAGCCAAUGAUGGGGAAUGGUACCAUGUGGACAUUCAGCGAGAUGGCAGAUCAGGUACUAUAUCAGUGAACAGCAGGCGCACGCCGUUCACCGCCAGUGGGGAGAGCGAGAUCCUGGACCUGGAAGGAGACAUGUACCUGGGAGGGCUGCCGGAGAACCGUGCUGGCCUUAUUCUCCCCACCGAGCUGUGGACUGCCAUGCUCAACUAUGGCUACGUGGGCUGCAUCCGCGACCUAUUCAUUGAUGGGCGCAGCAAGAACAUUCGACAGCUGGCAGAGAUGCAGAACGCUGCGGGUGUCAAGUCCUCUUGUUCACGGAUGAGCGCCAAGCAGUGUGACAGCUACCCCUGCAAGAACAAUGCUGUGUGCAAGGACGGCUGGAACCGCUUCAUCUGCGACUGCACAGGCACCGGAUACUGGGGAAGAACAUGCGAAAGGGAGGCAUCCAUCCUGAGCUAUGAUGGUAGCAUGUACAUGAAGAUCAUCAUGCCCAUGGUCAUGCAUACUGAGGCAGAGGAUGUGUCCUUCCGCUUCAUGUCCCAGCGAGCUUUUGGGCUGCUGGUAGCUACGACCUCCAGGGACUCUGCUGACACCCUGCGUCUGGAGCUGGAUGGGGGGCGUGUCAAGCUCAUGGUUAACUUAGACUGUAUCAGGAUAAACUGUAACUCCAGCAAAGGACCAGAGACCUUGUAUGCAGGGCAGAAGCUCAAUGACAACGAGUGGCACACCGUUCGGGUGGUGCGGAGAGGAAAAAGCCUUAAGUUAACCGUGGAUGAUGAUGUGGCUGAGGGUACAAUGGUGGGAGACCAUACCCGUUUGGAGUUCCACAACAUUGAAACAGGAAUCAUGACUGAGAAACGUUACAUCUCCGUUGUCCCCUCCAGCUUCAUUGGCCAUCUGCAGAGCCUCAUGUUUAAUGGCCUUCUCUACAUUGACUUGUGCAAAAAUGGUGACAUUGAUUAUUGUGAGCUGAAGGCUCGUUUUGGACUAAGGAACAUCAUUGCUGACCCUGUCACCUUUAAGACCAAGAGCAGCUACCUGAGCCUCGCUACUCUUCAGGCUUACACCUCCAUGCACCUCUUCUUCCAGUUCAAGACCACCUCACCAGAUGGCUUCAUUCUCUUCAAUAGUGGUGAUGGCAAUGACUUCAUUGCAGUCGAGCUUGUCAAGGGGUAUAUACACUACGUUUUUGACCUCGGAAACGGUCCCAAUGUGAUCAAAGGCAACAGUGACCGCCCCCUGAACGACAACCAGUGGCACAAUGUCGUCAUCACUCGGGACAAUAGUAACACUCAUAGCCUGAAAGUGGACACCAAAGUGGUCACUCAGGUUAUCAAUGGUGCCAAAAAUCUGGAUUUGAAAGGUGAUCUCUACAUGGCUGGUCUGGCCCAAGGCAUGUACAGCAACCUCCCAAAGCUUGUGGCCUCUCGAGAUGGCUUUCAGGGCUGUCUGGCAUCAGUGGACUUGAAUGGACGCCUGCCAGACCUCAUCAAUGAUGCUCUUCAUCGGAGCGGACAGAUCGAGCGUGGCUGUGAAGUUGCGUUGACCAAAGCUGACCUGCAAGGACCCAGUACCACCUGCCAGGAAGAUUCAUGUGCCAACCAGGGGGUCUGCAUGCAACAAUGGGAGGGCUUCACCUGUGAUUGUUCUAUGACCUCUUAUUCUGGAAACCAGUGCAAUGAUCCUGGCGCUACGUACAUCUUUGGGAAAAGCGGUGGGCUCAUCCUCUACACCUGGCCAGCCAAUGACAGGCCCAGCACGCGCUCUGAUCGCCUUGCCGUGGGCUUCAGCACCACUGUGAAGGAUGGCAUCUUGGUCCGCAUCGACAGUGCUCCAGGACUUGGUGACUUCCUCCAGCUUCACAUAGAACAGGGGAAAAUUGGAGUUGUCUUCAAUAUUGGCACAGUUGACAUCUCCAUCAAAGAGGAGAGAACUCCUGUAAAUGACGGCAAAUACCAUGUGGUACGCUUCACCAGGAAUGGCGGCAACGCCACCCUGCAGGUGGACAACUGGCCAGUGAAUGAACAUUAUCCUACAGGCAACACUGAUAAUGAACGCUUCCAAAUGGUAAAACAGAAAAUCCCCUUCAAAUAUAAUCGGCCUGUAGAGGAGUGGCUGCAGGAAAAAGGCCGGCAGUUAACCAUCUUCAACACUCAGGCGCAAAUAGCCAUUGGUGGAAAGGACAAAGGACGCCUCUUCCAAGGCCAACUCUCUGGGCUCUAUUAUGAUGGUUUGAAAGUACUGAACAUGGCAGCUGAGAACAACCCCAAUAUUAAAAUCAAUGGAAGUGUUCGGCUGGUUGGAGAAGUCCCAUCAAUUUUGGGAACAACACAGACGACCUCCAUGCCACCAGAAAUGUCUACUACUGUCAUGGAAACCACUACUACAAUGGCGACUACCACAACCCGUAAGAAUCGCUCUACAGCCAGCAUUCAGCCAACAUCAGAUGAUCUUGUUUCAUCUGCUGAAUGUUCAAGUGAUGAUGAAGACUUUGUUGAAUGUGAGCCGAGUACAGAACACAAUUGUUAUUGGCUAAACAGGGAGAGAAUAAAGGCUUCCGACAUGGGCACCAACAGUUUCUCAGUGCUUGAAGGAGGUGAAUUAGUUAUCCCUCUUCUUGUAGAAGACCCUUUAGCUACCCCUCCUAUUGCUACUCGUGCACCUUCCAUUACACUCCCCCCUACCUUUCGCCCCCUCCUCACCAUUAUUGAGACCACCAAAGAUUCCCUGUCCAUGACCUCUGAGGCGGGGUUACCUUGCUUGUCGGACCAAGGCAGCGAUGGUUGUGAUGAUGAUGGCUUGGUGAUAUCUGGGUAUGGCUCAGGGGAAACCUUUGACUCUAACCUGCCCCCUACUGAUGAUGAAGAUUUUUACACCACCUUCUCCUUGGUAACAGAUAAGAGUCUUUCCACUUCAAUCUUCGAAGGUGGCUACAAAGCACAUGCGCCCAAGUGGGAAUCCAAGGACUUUAGACCUAACAAAGUCUCCGAAACUAGUAGGACUACUACCACAUCUUUAUCCCCUGAGCUCAUCCGCUUCACAGCUUCCUCCUCGUCUGGGAUGGUGCCCAAAUUGCCAGCUGGCAAAAUGAAUAACCGUGAUCUCAAACCCCAGCCUGAUAUAGUCUUGCUUCCGUUGCCCACUGCCUAUGAGCUAGACAGCACCAAACUGAAGAGCCCACUAAUUACUUCCCCCAUGUUCCGUAAUGUGCCCACAGCAAACCCCACGGAGCCGGGAAUCAGACGGGUUCCGGGGGCCUCAGAGGUGAUCCGGGAGUCGAGCAGCACAACAGGGAUGGUCGUCGGCAUUGUGGCUGCUGCCGCCCUCUGCAUCUUGAUCCUCCUGUACGCCAUGUACAAGUACAGGAACAGGGACGAGGGGUCCUAUCAAGUGGACGAGACGCGGAACUACAUCAGCAACUCCGCCCAGAGCAACGGCACGCUCAUGAAGGAGAAGCAGCAGAGCUCCAAGAGCGGCCACAAGAAACAGAAAAACAAGGACAGGGAGUAUUACGUGUAAACAUGCGAACACUGCUCACACGCGAGUUUUCACACUUAUUUCUAUCCACGCCUAUGAAUCUUUGGACGGUGAGAUCUCACAGACGUCAGAACUGCUGGAACUAUGAAAUGGGGUAUAUAACCACGACUCUGGUGGGGAAAACCGUUUUUUAAAGGACACACACACACACACACACAGCGAUGCAUCUCUCUCUAAAGCUCAGCCACGGCUGCGGCAAGGUCCCAGCGGUCGCGGGGAGACAGAAGGUUUUGCGCCCUGCUGUAUCAUAAAGCACACACUUAGCGCUCUGGAGCCGGACGGUGGCUCCACCAUUUCUGCAGGCCUGGAAACUUCCUUCUCCGGAGGACCUUUUACUAAAAGGUAGAAGACUUCAUGGCUUACUUGUUCCAUAACUCCAAGUGAGUCUGUAAUGAUGUUUGUGAAGCUUGACUGUAACCAUGUUUUUUCGGUUUAAUUAUGUAAAAAACAAAACUACAACAACAACAAAAAAAAGAAAAAAGUUAAAAAAAAAAAACACCAAAAAACAAAAACAAACAAAAAAAAAACUCACAACCCUUAUCUGGUUCUGACCAGUGUGCGUGUAACUUUAAGAUCUGAGGGGAAAAAAUGGCUUUUGGGUUUUUGUUUAUUUUUUUGACAAUGACUGGACAUCAGAAGAGGAAAAAAACUCAAAACAAAAGCGAGAGAGACUAUUGCCAUAUGAACUCAAAAGCUACCAUGGUGUUCACUCUACAUAUCAGGUUAUGGUGUCUCUAGAAUCUGUUGUUUGUUUCCUAUAAGAUGCUUUGCUGAACACAUAGCAAAAUUCAUGUGACGGAUGAUAAAUUGAUUUGAAAAGCUGGUCCCCCAGGAUCUAAUUUCGGAAUUUACCACCCAAACCCGGAACAGAUGGGUUUAGGGCUGAUGUUAUCAGAGCUAUUGGCUUUACAUAACAAUAUUGUUCCUGUCCAUUCACCCAGCCAAAUUGUGUUAAAGAGGAAAGCCCCACAAACUAAAAUAGCCUUUCCUAGGGAAGAGGAAGGGGAGGUGGGCUGGAUCUGUGACUGGUUGAAAUGCAUGCAAAUAAAAAAGACAAUAUUAAAGUCUGUUAAAUUAUAAAACCAGACAGUAGGGGAGUUCAACUCGUGAUGGAACCACAAAAGGUCACACAAGCCAACCAUGUCAUGCCAGAGUACAAAACACAUAGUUCUUUCCCCGCCCUGAACAUGACAAUGGUUUUCACAGUGGUUUAAUUUUGUAGCCUGACAUUUAUGGAUAACUCUGUCCUUCCAUUUGCUCACUUCUCUCUUCACCCAUCUUUUUUAAAAACAAAUAAAUGAAUAAAGCUGCUGUGACACACACACAAAAGGAAUUUAAUAGUAUAAUAUAUAUAUAAAUAAAUAUAUAUACAGAUAUAUUUAUCAUGGUAUGUUUGAUGGGAUGACUGACACAGGAAAUCUGUUAAAGUCUUGCAGUAGAAUGAGAAUGUUGUUUUAAAAGAAAAUAACAAAACAACAAAAAAGCAAACCUUAAAAUGUGAAGAAAGUGUGAAUUUUAGUUUUGUCACAGUUAACUGUGUCAAAGAGAAUUUAAAAAAAAAAAAACUUCAGAUUUUGUUUACAUAUUUUACUACAUUUUUGCUGGUAUAAUUCCUUAGCCACCUAUGUACAUACUGCUUUAAGAACUGUUUUCUUCCUGUUUAUUUCUGUUUGGUUUAUAUUCUGGUUGUCUUUUUCUUUUUGUAAAGAGGAAACAAUGUACAGAAAAACAAUAAACUGGUUGUAUGGCCAUAGCUAUCCAAAAAGCAAGAGACAAAGCAAGACAAAUAUUCACACAAAAACGAAGUGUGUCCUCUGGAGGGUCAGAGAUAUACAAUUUCUUUUGUACAGAUGAAAAUCAAUCAGCUGUUUAGAUUUAGAAAUCUACUCUUGCUGGUCUUUGUAAGUUGCAUGAAUAUUUGACUUUGAAAAAAUAUCUUUAAGACAUGGGGCAAAAAGUGCAAUCUAAAUGGUAGCCUUUACUAAUGUGUAUGGAAAAAGGUGUUCCUCAUUAUCUAAUAUUUCAAUGUGUUAAGAGUUUAAUUUUUUGUUAUCAUUAAAAAAAGACAGGAUUAUAAAGAGACAUCAAAGCACGAUUUUAGAUAACCUAAACGGCCCAGCCUAUACAAAGUUGAUUAUAUCUCGAUGUCUGUAAAAGAUUGCUGUUCUUGGAGUCUUGAGGUCUUGUGAACUGAUUUCCUGCUUUCUUUCAUUUUUUUCAAUUUGAGUAAUAAUACAUUUGUCAUAUUCCUUUUAGUGUAAGUUUCUAUUUGGACAAUUUUAUGGGAACAUGUGCAUUCUCUAUGUGAGCUUCUAUCAUAUUCCUGUUUUAUUAGCAGAACCUAAAGGAAUUUAUUUUAUGAUGUUGUGACAUUACUGCUUUUUCUUUUUUCUUUUCUCUUUUAGUUCAUAUUUGCAUUUUCGUUCAAGGAUAUGCUUAGCAAUAAAAUGUUCUUCCCAAAACCUUGUAUGCUGAUGCACUUUUAUUUUCUUAACAUUUGAGAAAAUCUUGCACUGAAGCUAAGUAUGUCAUAUCUUAUUAGAAGCGGAAUAAGAGCUAGACCACUUUCAUGUGAUAGAAGAUAUUCUAAGCAGUUGCUAAUUAUUACAUUAAGUUAUCAAAAUGGUGUAUUUAUGAGAUAAUUAUCAUCUGUUACUUGAGGCAUUAUUUUUUAGAUUGCUAUGAUAGAAUAACCAGGAGGGAGUGCAUUUUUCUGAAAAGAUGAUAGAAACAUUGUAUUCUGGAAAAGAUUAUUGGAUACUAUGUUUUUUAAAGGCAUUUCAUACCUUUUACGUAUUUUCUAUAAAUCAACAAGCUUUAAACAGUAUUUAAAACUAUGUUCACAUAGUGCCAUGAGCACUAGAAAGUCUUAGAUGUCUUCUGUCCAAGCCUCCCACCAUAUUAAAAUUUAAAAUUAAAAAACAGAAUCCAAAACCAAAA